GGCUCCAUGGCCCAUCCUCGUAGCUUGACCACGUUCGUCAUUCCCAGGUGUUUCGUUCCGCUUGUCGCGCACUACGCAAAUUAAUAUAAACGCCCGCUCUCCUGCCAACUGCCGUCUCACAGUCUCCCGAGUCCCAGUCCACCUCGUCCGCGAUAGCCAGCCCGCCAGCCGCCUCCAGCGCGCCUCACAUAGCUACAUGCUCGCAUCCCUGUUGCGGCCUCGCAAAGGUCGCCGUCGCCAGCCUGAAAACUCGCCCUUUUCCACUCCACGGAUCGAUGCCCGGGACGCCGAGGCCGACGCGGAAUACUUCGCGCGCCGCGACAUGAACGCCGACGAGGACCACUAUGAGGUCGGCGACGAGGCCUACGAGGACGACGAACCAGACGAUCCCAUCCUGCCAAUAUUUUCCGCCGAGCAUCUUGAUCGCCUUCCCAUCUAUAACUUGACCCACUCGAUACGUCUGCUCGUGGUUCAGCGGUGCGAGACUACGUUAUCCUGGGAUCAGCUGCGCUCACCGCAGGUUUCGCAGUUCCUUGUUAAGCCGAUCCAGCAAGAAAUCCAGUCAGGCCUCUUCAACCGAGCGUCGAUCUAUGCGCUCAUCGCCAACUGCCUCCAGUUCCAAAAGGAAGGUCAAGCGAACCCCGGCAACGUCGGCGUCAGCAAAACAAGAGGCAUGAUAUGUGAGCUCCUGGCCAUGCGGUUGCUCAAGGAAUUUUCCACUAGGGAGUUGAUCGAUGCCCUGGCCUAUGACUUCGAUCCGCUGCAGGGGCUUACCCCGCCUGCCACUGUCACUGGACGGAACAAGGCUGCGAUGCAGCCACGCCUUGCGCGCAUCUCGACGGUCGAGAUUGCUAUUCGCGCGCAAGCGAAGAAAUUCUUGGCUCAUCCAUUGGUCGUUCAGCAGCUAGAAGCAAUUUGGGCUGGUACCAUUGUCUUCCACUCUGCAGCAGACAACCUACACAGGAUUCCCUCCAAGCGUCCUACUCCUCGCGACACGCCCCGCAGCACCACAUAUGGCACUAUGCACGAUGACCCGCAAUCGCCAGAUAAGGGAGUAGAAUUUCAGCCGUUGCUCGGGCCUACAAUUCGACGCACUGUAACCUUGUAUGAUCCCAGGGAGGCGUCGCUGUUCAAAUUGUCUCGUUUGCGUGUUCCCCGCUACAGACAGCUCUUCUCCACUUGCUCAUUCGCAAUCAUGCUCGGUUUGUUCGUGGCCGUCCUGGUUGAGAAAUCGGUCGACAUCACUGCACUCGAAGUGGUCUUCUGGUUCUGGAGCGCAGGCUACAUGCUAGACGAGGUUGUCGGCUUCACUGAGCAAGGCUUCAAUCUCUACAUCCUCAGUGUCUGGAAUGCGUUUGAUCUCGGCAUUUUGUUGCUUUUCGUCGUCUACUAUGUUCUACGACUAUAUGGAAUCCUCAUGCCGGACGUUCGUAAGCACCAUACGGCUAACAUGGCCUACGAUGUACUAGCUUCGACAGCCGUGCUGCUCUUCCCUCGCCUGUUUUCCGUAUUGGACCACUACAGGUACUUCUCUCAGCUCUUGAUCGCAUUCCGGAUGAUGGCCGUUGACCUGGCGGCAAUCCUUGUCUUGAUCGUCAUCUGCUGCAGCGGUUUCUUUGUAGCAUUUACACUUGCCUUCGGGGAUACAGGGUUUCAAUCCGGCUCUCAGACAGCAUAUGCUUUGUUCCAGCUGGUCAUGGGCUUCACACCGGCCGCAUGGGAAUACUGGAGCGUCUAUAACGUGUUAGGAAAGGCUAUAUUGACCCUUUUCCUAUUUAUUUGUCACUUCCUGAUCGUCACUAUUCUGAUCACGGUCUUGACUAACUCCUUCAUGGCCGUUGUCCAAAACGCAAACGAAGAGCACCAGUUUCUCUUUGCCGUCAACGCUAUUUCAAUGGUCAAGUCGGAUGCUCUCUUCUCAUACAUCGCGCCUACUAAUGUCAUCGGUUGGCUCCUCACGCCGCUGCGGUUUGUCAUGCCUUUCCGAAAAUUCAUCAAGCUUAAUCGGACGCUCAUCAAGGCUACUCACUUCCCCAUACUCUUUUCUAUUUUCUGUUAUGAGCGACUCGUUCUGUCUCGCAUGGCCUUCCAACCCGAAGAGUUGGUAGAACAGCGCGGCAGAAGUCGAUCAAAGUUUGGCAUUCGCGGUCCUGGAGACCUUUUCAGCCCUGGUCUACGCCUACGAGAACCGUCAAUCACUACCUUCCAAAAAGACCGUGCUUUGGCUGAAGUAUUCCGCCGGCCAUACAAGGAGACACCCACAUUGCGACAGAACACGGCAGGGCCCAUGAUCGACAGAAGGAAAUCAAGCAAUGUUGUACGCGAUUGGAUGCAAGGGAUGGAACGAGGCGGCGCAAUUUCCCCAAUGGAAGAGCCUAGGUCGGUUCUGGACAGGCUGGAGACCGCCCGACGUCCACUCAUGCGCCGUGCUAAGACGGCUCAAAGAAUGAAUGGCUCCAGGAGAAUGAUAUCGUCUAUGGCAAGAUCGGUGGCUUCAGAUCCCGAUGUCAUCUCCAUGGUGCAUCCUUUUUCGUCCCAUAUUAUCGAAGAGGAUCUUGACGACCCAAUUAUGGCCAUGGAAGAUGACCAACCACAACAAACCGAUGCAGACGGCGACGAUGAACUUGUUACCAAUGAUGAAAACGAGGAUGACCGUCUCACAUUAGGGCCUUCCGUACACGGUACUCUCCGACGACCAGACCUGGAUAAGGAGAACCAGCGUAUCUCCGUAUAUGAAUCAUCGAACGGCGAAGACUAUUUCAGAACGCCCAUGGCAUCGAAAUCACACACGCCUCAUAUCCCCAGUUCUGCAGCAUCGGCCGCCAACGGCGUCUUUGCUGAUUCUAGCAACCGCAGGAGAUUGCAUGGCCGUAAUCUCUCGUCUACUACUAUUCUCUUCAGCCCGCAGAAGGAAGAUUUUGCUGGUGAGAGCCAUGCUUCUGACUCUACCACGCCUGUUAAACGUCCAUCAACCGCCAUCCAAAGCGGUGCAGCCACCCCGCGUACAAGCAAGACACCAAAACGGCCCGCCCUUCGAAGCAACAACUUGUCUCCGCGCCAUUUGAGUCGAGCUAACUCUAACCUCGCUAACUUCUCCAAUCUACGCCACCUGCGCGAUCGGAUGCCUUCGUUCAAUGCAUUGGCACUGGAUCUUGCCUCAGAUAUUGGUGACAACAAGCCGCGCGUCGACACGCCUGGCGUGUUGGGCGGUAGUUUCUCGACAAAUAUGGAGAUGGCGAUAGGAGGGAGAGGAGGAAGACGUUUUGAGCGUUCCAGUCAUCACUCGGAUGAAAGUGAUAUCAAGCGCCAGGAGGAAGCGGAAGAAAGGAGCAGAAUGAACAGGAUCAUGCUUGCCAGAAUGAACACACUGGAGGUCGGAUUCACAGAGAUCUUGAAGGAGGUCAGGGGACUGAGGGAAACAAACGUCGCCUCAGCGCCGGCUGUGCCGGAGAAGAAAGAGAAACGGAGGAAGGGCAAGGGAUCGCAGCCUCAAACAAAGAGCGCUGGUGGUUCGAUUGCUGCUUCGGCUGUUACUUCAGCUGCUGCUUCAACGAUUGGAGAUGAAGAGGGAGACCACGAGAUGUCUGAAUAAUGAGCGGGUUGGUUAGAUGGAGUCUCGCACUGAGCACAGCAUUUCUAGGUCGUCGAGUCUGAGACUGCAGUGUUUUCGGUUUCUGUACUCUAUCCUGGCUUUGUUCUUUGUGGGCGUCUUUCUUUUGUUGCAUCUGCGAGCGUGUACUGAUUUUCUGCUUUUAUCGCCUUGGAUUAAUGUCUUUUGAACAGCGUAGUUAGUAGCGUAUUUACGAAGAUCUCCGAAAAAGCAUUAGAAAGGACACGGC